AUGGUGUUCUGUGCAAUAUUUGGGUGUUCCACCUGGUCCCACAGAAAACAGCGGAAACUUGAGCGUAUCGUGAAGGACCUACGGUUUUUCAAAAUACCGACGGUAAGACAUAGGGAGUGUGAGAAGACGCGGAAGCUUUCAACUAAGCGAAGAGCGUUGUGGGUCUCCAGGAUACGGAGAAAAGACCUGGAUGGUGAAAAUCUCGACAAAUACAAAGUGUGCUCUCGACAUUUUAUCAGUGGCUCUCCUGCACAAUUGUUUGAUGAUUGCAAUCCCGAUUGGGCCCUAAGUCUGCACCUCGGAUACGGCUCGUCGCCGUUAUAG